GAUGCCCAGGAUAAUGUUGCGGGAAGCCUCUCCUUCCAUCAACUCAGCGCCAUCAUCUCUGGAGUUUGCGCCGCCAUCUCGAUUUGUGUCAUGCUUAUCUUCAAAUCGCUCCACGCUACACAUCUUUCGAAUCCAACAGAGCAGGUCAAAAUCAUGCGCAUCGGAACUCUGAUCACCAUGUAUUCCCUCAUCUGCUUCCUCUCCGUCUGCUUCCCCAAAGCAGAAGUGUACAUCCAUCCUUGGUUGGACCUCGUCGAGGGUUUCGCUCUGGGCUCUUUCUUCCUGCUCCUGUGCGACUACGUCUCGCCGCAUCACGAACAACGCGAGCUUUUCUUUGCUGCCGAGAAGCUUGGUGGCGUCAAGUGGUUUAGGGCAACCGCUAACCUACCACAGACCCGUUGGUUCCUGAUCUUCCAGAUGCCAGUUGUCUCAUUCGUCAUCGCCAUCGCUACCGACAUCACCGCAGCAGUUGGAGUCUACUGCGAAUGGGAUAACAAGAUCAAGUCUGUCAAGUUUGUUCUCCGCUUGAUUUCGACAAUCUCCCUGGUCGCCUCAGUCCUAUCGAUCCUACAAUUUUACCGCUUUCUCAAGAAGCACCUGGCUCAUCAUCAGCCGCUCAUGAAGCUGCUUGCCUUCAAGAUCAUUGUCUUUCUAACGUUUGUGCAAGGAAUCGUCUUUUGGAUUCUCACCGAUAAGGGCGCUCUCAAAGAGACCAAUACCCUGACCUUUGCCGAUCUCCACGUCGGCAUUCCCAACAUGAUCAUCUGCAUCGAGAUGGUUCCCCUUUCCCUCCUAUUUAUGUGGGCUUACCCAUGGAGAGUCUAUCUGGACAGUUACAGCGCCGAUGACGCUGAGGAACACCCCGGACGACCCUUGAAAUCUUACCAGGGAGGUCCUUUCGGCAUCCACGCCUGGCUCGCCAUGAUCAACCCCUCGGAAAUUUUCAGGGCUACUCUUUUCGCUUUUAAGCAUGUUGGAAGUAUGAGGAAGGGAUCUCGGGAGCCCAUUCUUGCAGACGAAGCGGCUCCUCCCUAUGACAAUCACCGGAUGCGCAAUACUGGCGCUUAA